AUGAGCGUGGAUGCAUUGGGAAGCCCCGUGAUGGACCCUACGUUUUCCAAACGGAACACGGCGCUGAGAUUAGUUGACUUGGCAGGGGCUCACCACCAUCACCAUCAUCACCACCAUACCCCUCAGAGCGUGACAGGCUUCCCGGGGUUCAGCAGCCAUCCACACUCAAUGGCUCACUCGCACCCUGGGGAGAUUACUGCGGAACCCCGCCUGGGGCCGAGUCCAUUCGGGCCAGAACACAUGGGGCACUCCGCGGCCCUCAAAAUCAGCCCAGCCCAUCAUUAUCCCCACCACCACAAUCAUCAUAUGGCAGGCCACAGUGAAGUGGUCUCCAGUCAAACGGGAGCUUUUGGCCCGGUUCAGGCGACAUCGGUCCCCUAUUCCAUGUCUCACACGGCCCAGGCUUUAUCCGCAGGUAGGGAUUUCCUCAUCCGGAGAGAUCUGACAGCUCAAGCCAUGCCAGUACUGACUGACCAGACUACUUCAGCCUCUCACCACGGAAUGUUUGUCUCAACAACAGGUAGCUAUCCCGGACACUAUGGUCAUCACCCUGACGCUGGGAACCAUACCCUCUUCUCCGGACUCCAUCACGACCAGCCUUCUAGCGCAUCACCGGGUGGCCAAGCGUUGAAUGGACAAAUAAGGUUAGGACUACCUGGAGAAAUGUAUGUUAGGUCUGAUCACUUGAGUCAAGUGGCAAGCUCCAGGGCUGAUCCGUUCUCUGCCUCGCCGUUGCAUGGCUACGGUGGUCUGAAUCUGAACAUGAAUCUUAGCGCUCACCACCACCACCACGGAGCCGGUGCCUUUUUCCGCUACAUGAGGCAGCCGAUAAAGCAAGAGCUUAUUUGCAAGUGGCUGGAGCCGGAGCACUCGCCGAAGAAACUUUGCUCCAAAACUUACAGCACGAUGCACGAACUCGUAACGCAUGUGACGGUAGAGCACGUUGGAGGACCAGAGCAGGCGAACCAUAUAUGUUUUUGGGAAGAGUGUCCGAGGGAAGGCAAACCAUUUAAAGCCAAGUACAAACUUGUAAAUCACAUUCGAGUGCACACCGGGGAGAAACCGUUUCCAUGCCCAUUCCCUGGCUGUGGGAAAGUGUUUGCAAGAUCCGAAAAUCUUAAGAUUCACAAAAGGACGCAUACAGGUGAGAAACCCUUCAAAUGUGAGUUUGACGGCUGCGACAGACGCUUCGCCAACAGUAGCGACCGGAAAAAGCACUCCCACGUCCACACCAGCGAUAAGCCCUACAACUGCAAAGUGAGAGGCUGUGAUAAGUCUUACACACAUCCCAGCUCCCUGAGGAAACACAUGAAGGUGCACUGCAAGUCCCCCCCUCCCAGUUCAGGCUACGAGUCGUCCACUCCGUCUCUGGUCUCCCCUUCCUCAGACUUGGGCCGGGAGCCAGGGGGCUCCUCGGUGAUGUCGGAGCCGGUGGGAGCCUCCCAGCCCACGAAUUUAAGUGAAUGGUACGUGUGCCACAGCUCAGGUGCCAGUGGCGCCCAGACACCGCCCAGCGGCCCCUCCACACCCGACCCCACAGACGAGCCACCUUACAGAAACCCAGAACCGAGGGAUGCGUUUUAA